AGCGCUCCCCCCCCCCGCAGAUCUCGCGAGCUCCGGCCGGCGGACGAACCCACAUUGCUGCAGUCCAGAGGGAGAGAGUGACGGGGACGCUGCCCACCGAGAGAGAGGCACCGGCGCAAAAAAAGUGGCAUUCUUUCCGUCCUCAGAUGCCGCACGUGCGAUGAAGAAGACGACGACCCAUCUCUUCCUCCUCGCCUCCUCCUCCCUCCUCCUCCUCCUCUGCGCCGCCGCCGCCGCCGCCGCCUCCGCCUCGUCGGAGCGCCUCCCGGUGAGCUCCCAUGGCGGCCUCACCGACGCCGAAGCCACGUACAUCAAGCAGCGCCAGCUGCUCUACUACCGGGACGAGUUCGGCGACCGGGGCGAGCACGUCGCCGUCGACCCGUCCCUCGCCUUCGAGAACCCCCGGAUCCGUAGCGCCUACGUAGCCCUCCAGGCGUGGAAGCAGGCCAUCCUCUCCGACCCCAACAACUGCACCGCCGACUGGGUCGGAUCCGACGUGUGCGGAUACACGGGCGUGUUCUGCGCCCCCGCCCCCGACGACCCCAAGAUCCGCACCGUCGCCGGCGUCGACCUCAACCACUGCGACAUCGCCGGGUACCUCCCCGAGGAGCUCGGCCUCCUCGCCGACCUCGCAUUGUUCCACAUCAACUCCAACCGGAUCUGCGGCACGGUGCCCCACAAGUUCGACCGCCUGAAGCUGCUGUUCGAGCUGGAUCUGAGCAACAACCGGUUCGCCGGCAAGUUCCCGGCGGUGGUCCUGAGGCUGCCGUCGCUCAAGUUCCUGGAUCUGAGGUUCAACGAGUUCGAAGGGACCGUCCCCAAGGAGCUCUUCGACAAGGACCUGGACGCCGUCUUCAUCAACGACAACCGCUUCCGCUUCGAGCUACCGGACAAUUUCGGCAACUCCCCCGUCUCCGUCAUCGUCCUCGCCAACAACAAGUUCCACGGCUGCGUCCCCUCGAGCUUGGUCAACAUGGCCAACCUCAACGAGAUCAUCUUCAUGAACAACGGGCUGAGGUCGUGCCUGCCGACAGAUAUCGGGAGGCUCAAGAACGUGACGGUGUUCGACUUCAGCUACAACCAGCUGGUGGGGCCCCUGCCGGAAGGGGUCGGCGGGAUGGUGAGCUUGGAGCAGCUGAAUGUGGCUCACAACUUGCUGUCGGGGAAGAUUCCGGCCGGCAUCUGCGCGUUGCCCCGGUUGGAGAACUUCACUUUCUCGUACAAUUUCUUCACCGGAGAGCCGCCGUCGUGCUUGAGGCUGCCGGACUUUGACGAUCGGAGGAACUGCCUGCCGGAUAGGCCGUUGCAGAGGUCGCCGGCGCAAUGUAAGUCGUUCUUGUCCAAGCCUGUGGAUUGCAGUGCCUUCCGGUGUACUCCUUUUGUGCCUUCUCUGCCCCCGCCUCCUCCGCCUCCACCUCCGGUGGUUCUCCCUUCGUCCCCGCCGCCCCCACCACCCCCUGUGCAUUCACCUCCACCGCCGCCGCCACCAGUUUACUCGCCUCCGCCACCGCCACCAUCGCCGCCACCGCCAGUUUACUCACCUCCCCCACCUCCACCACCCCCGCCACCAGUCUAUUCACCUCCUCCGCCACCACCGCCGCCGCCAUCGCCUCUACCUGUUUACUCUCCCCCGCCUCCUCCGCCAUCUCCCCCGCCGCCUUCUCCACCACCACCAUCACCUCCGCCUCCUUCACCUUCACCCCCUCCGCCAAUUUACUGUCCCAAGCCACCACCUCCGCCACCGCCAGGCUCGCCUCCACCGCCAUCUCCAGUAUACUCACCCCCGCCACCGCCCACACCCACUCCGUACUACUAUAAUUCGCCUCCACCGCCGCCUCCUCCGCAUCAUUCACCACCCCCUCCGCCUCACUCACCACCACCACCUCCACAUUCACCUCCGCCGCCAUUCUAUCCUUAUCCUUCCCCACCUCCGCCAUCACCAUCCCCACCACCACCUGUCCAUUCUCCUCCACCUCCAUCGCCACCACCUUGUAUAGAGCCUCCACCACCACCUCCGCCUCCAUGUGUUGAAUAUUCGCCCCCUCCACCCUCACCCUCACCACCACCACCGACCCAUUACUUGCCACCACCAUCUCCUUCACCACCACCUCCCCCAGUCUAUGAAUCACCACCACCCCACCCCCCAGUAUAUCCGUCCCCACCUCCACCCCCGCCAGUUUAUCACCAUUCACCCCCACCACCAGUUCAUUACAGUUCACCCCCUCCACCACCAACCCAACCGCCUCCGCCACCAAUCCCGUGCGAGACCCCGCCCCCAUCUCCCUCGCCUCCGCCUCCACCUCCAGCACCAGCAUACGAAGGGCCACUGCCGCCUAUUGCCGGAGUCUCGUACGCCUCCCCUCCUCCACCACCCUUCUACUGAUUCUUUUGAGAAUUUUCCUCCUCUAACCUUGCCCCUCACCUAAGAAUUACAAUUCCAGUCAGUCCAGUGUGUUUCACUAUUUGUUUCGUGCUCUCGACAUCUCUUCUUCCUCUUGCCAUCGGCGCUUCAUUCCAAUCCGAUCCCCUUCUCUCUCUCUCUCUCUCUCUAUGUGGGCAAUUCUCGUCGCUCGCCGGAGAUGGAAAAUGGGAUUGAGGAAAAAAGGGAUCUUGUGCAGUUUUUAGAUGUGAUUUUUCCCCCUUAAGAUGGUCUGUUGUUGAGGAUGACACGAGGGAAAGAGGCGAAGGGACAAGAGACAGAGAGACAGGGAGGUAAGAGGAGAUGGUCUCUUCUCUCCAUAUUUAUUUGCAAUUGUUAUGCAUAAUCUCGAGAUGUCAAAUAAAAUUUCCGGACAAAGAAAGGAGUAGGUUGCAGAGAAAGUGUAUGUAUAGGGAUGAUGAUAUCAUGAAUUUGGAGAUCGAUUUAAUCGGGGGGGCCUUUUACUCGAAAUCCAGGGGGCUGCUGUGCUAGUGCGGCUUGCUGUUUGUGGGGGGUUUAUUGUUGUCUAUCUCAUUUUAUAAUCAUACUUUUUGUUCAUUUUUCUUUUCCUUCUUUUUCUUGAUUUUUACAGUAUAAUCAUGAUGAACAUUUUUACUUGUAUCGAUGUUGAUUUCAGAAUUAUCAUUCCUUUCCAUUCCAAA